AUGACCGAGGUUCCUGUCUCGUUCGAGUACCUCUCGUGCGCGACGAACCGUACAUCCCAUAUUGCAGAUUGCAUUGAGCUAGCACACGAUGACCAUUUCGUGGCUGCAUACGUAUUCGGCGUUCAUAAAGCGUUUGCAGUUCAGCUGGACCCCACGAGCGCGCGCUCUUUGCGCGGUAUACGCCAGCCGCAGUGUCCCCAGCCUGUACACUUGCAGCCAACAGGGUUCACCAGUACGGUGCAUGUGCUCAAAGCGAUUCCGUUUGCACGCACGAACCCCGCACUGCUCCUGGGCUCAUACAAUGGUGGCACGGAAAUCUGGCGGCCUGUGUGGAAAGAUGAGCGCCUUUGCUGGGAAUGCAGCGUCUCUUUGCAGUCCGCCGAGAAAAGCUCGAUCACUGCACUGGGUGUGCUACGUAAUCCCGCUUGCGUAGCCCGCAAUGUGCCGCUAUUUGCGACUGGCAGCACAGAUGGCACGGUACAAGUCUACGAGGCACGCGCCGACGGCGCUGAAGCGCAGCAUGUACAGGAAAUUUCGCUAGGCUCCAAGUAUCCAUUGGAUAUUGCAUUUGUGCAUAUGCCAGGGCCCCUCGAUGCGCCACCGACAACGCUCAUGGCGAUCGCACUCACCGAUAAACAAGUACAUUUGUACGCACGCGAACCUCGCGGUGCAUUUCGCCUGCGUUUGCAGCUCGAUGGGCACGAAGACUGGGUGCGUGCGCUGGAUUUCACAACAGCGCCGGAUCUGCGCACUGCAGACUCACUCAACGUGUAUCUCGCAUCUGCCUCACAGGACCAAAACGUGCGACUGUGGAGAAUGUCGAUGGACGCGGCGCGCGCUCAAACGCAGGCGCCUGUGCGGGACACGUUUGAAGCGAUGGCGAAUGAACUGGUCCCAAACGACCAAGGGAUCAAUACCAAGAAGGAAUGGAUCACGUUUGACAAUGCACCGCGCUGGGCCGUAUCGCUGGAUGCAUUGUUGUUGGGGCACGAAGCUUGGGUAACGGGCAUUCGCUGGCAUCCCACACCAAGUCCUGCAUCCCAACGCGCGGCGCUCCUCUCCUCGUCCAUGGACAAUAGCAUGAUUAUUUGGUCGCCGCAGGCGCUGCAAAGCUCUGCAUGGCCGAUGCUUGCGUCGAGCGAGGCGGAAAAAGAGCUUUGGCUGCCCGUGCACCGAUUCGGCGACGUAGGCAGCUUGAGUGGUGGAUUUCUCGGAGCGCUUUGGCAGCCUGUGCAUGAGGAUGCGCCGAGCACUGCAGUGUGCACGUACGAUCGCCAAGGCGCUGCGCAUAUUUGGCACCAUACCGACCAGGGCCCAUGGAAACCGAUAGCAUCCAUGAGUGGCCACGCAGGACCGGCGAGUGGCCUGGCUUGGGAGCCGUGUGGCGACUACUUUUUGACCACGGGCGCAGACAGAACUACGCGGCUCCAUGGCACGUUUGUUGAGCACAGCGUCGAUGGUAUACCCCCGCGCUCCUGGCACGAAUUAGCGCGGCCGCAAACGCACGGAUACGACUUGCAUGCUGUAGCAUGGCUCGAUCGUCUCUCGUUUGUGAGCGCGGCCGAUGAAAAGGUGCUGCGUGUGUUUGGCGCGCCGCGCUCGUUUAUUGAGAAUGCAAUCUCUUUGCGCACUAUCCAGACCCACACAAAGCACAUGGAUGUGGUCAUGGUCGAGCUCAAAGAGCGCGAUGCGUGGCGCCAGGGCGAUGCGCUGCUGCCGGCGAUUCGAUGCGCGAUGCAGGCGCGGCGGCCGGCCAUGAGCAUCCUUGUCUCGAGUGCGAUGCUGUCUGGUUUUGCAAGCAAUAAAGCGCCUGCGUGCUCCUUGGGAGAGGUUGAGACGUUCCUCAAUAAAGUGUACACACUCGCAUGGAGCGAAGCAAGCGCAGCGAGCAUUCCAAUAACAGACAUGAACGUGUACCUUGUUCCAGGCCACACCACGAGUCCCGAAAACAAUGCGGCGCUGCGUUCUUGGGCAUCGACGCGCGCAUCGAUGGUGCAAGGCAUCUACACCGUGGACAAUGAUGCGUUCCGUGUUCCAGCCGCAUCUGUUGCACUUGUAUCCUCCGUGCCAGCGACUGCCGUCGCGGCUGGCAGCAUGACGCUCUCCCAAGUCACGACAUCGCACGAAUUUCCACGCGAGGCAACGGUUGCGCUUGGCGGCACGUUUGACCACAUCCAUAUUGGGCAUAAACUACUGCUCAGCAUUUCGGCACUGUGCACGACGACGCGCCUCAUAGUCGGUGUCACCGCUACAGAGCUCCUUGCUUCCAAGAAGCACCGAGCGUACGUGGAGCCCAUCGCGAAGCGGCUUGCUUCAGUGCGCCAUUUCCUGCGUGAAUUCACCUCGACAUUGCGUCCCUUGGCGCUGGAUGUGGUGCCUAUUGCAGACGUGUGCGGUCCUGCAGGCACCGAUCCUCUUCUUGACUUGCUGGUCGUGACGCAGGAGACGGCCAAAGGCGCCGACACAAUAGCCAAGGUACGCGAGGAAAACAAUAUCAAGGCUGUGCAGGUGCACAUCGUUACCUUGGUCGACUCUGGCGCGCUUGAAAAGGUAGGCAGCACUGCGAUCCGCGAGAUGCUUGCAUCGUCGCAGGUCGAGCCUGGCACGGAGUACACGCUGGAUGUACAACUUGCCAAGGCGCGCGAAACGGGUCCAGCUGCCGCUGGUGUGCCGCCCCUUGGCCUCUCGAACCGCGCCGUGGCCGAGGACGGCGAAGAAUCUGCUUUUUUUGUCCAGCCACCGACGCCUGAACAGCUUCAAGGGCACACACUCUGGCCAGAGCUCGAGAAGCUGUACGGCCAUGGGUACGAGGUGCUCAGCGUCGACGUCGAUCUUGGCGCGCACCUUGUCGCAAGUACGUGCAAAGCAACGUCUGCCGAGCAUGCGGUCGUGCGCUUGUUUGAUGCCGAGCAGCGCUGGAAGCCGCUACAGCCGCCUUUGGACGGGCAUACACUUUCCAUCACACAAACGCGCUUCAGCUCCGACGGGCAAUACAUACUGACUGCUAGUCGCGAUCGCUCCUGGCGCCUGUAUCGACGCGAGGACCGCACUACCUACACUCCGUACACUGGCGAGCGAACACACGCGCGAAUUGUGUGGGAUUGUGCAUGGGCAUGGGAUGCAGUGCACACGUUUGCCACGGCAUCUCGCGAUAAGACGGUAAAGGUGUGGCGCGUACUGGACGAUGAAAAAGCGCGCCACGAACUUGUCACGACUAUUGCUGUCAACGACGCUGUGCUAAGCGUUGCUUUUGGGCCGCACAACAUGCUGGCCAUGGGCUUGGAGCGCGGCGAUGUACUGAUCUACCGCGCAAAUGCUGACCAGAGCGCAUGGACGCCGUAUAUCGCACUUUUGCGGCACCACACUGGCGCUGUGCAUCGCCUCGGAUUCCGGCCAUACGGCGCAUGGGUCGAUGCAUACAAUGCAGUCCCACUGGAGCUGCUCUCUGUUGGCGACGACGGAUGUGCGCGCCUGGUAGCAUUUCCUCUAUAA